UCAUUUCUCUCCCUCUCCACGCUCACCUCACUCCCUUAAGAAGACCGACACUCCCACUCCCACUCCCACUCCCACUCACUCCACUGAGACGCGGCACGAACGGUGAACGGAGACUCGCCCAGAAAAACCACAUUCGGCCUCCCACUUCUCCCACCCAUGGAGGAGAGACCAGAGACGGAGCUCAUCUCCAUCCCCGCCACCCCACGCGCCUCCACGCCGGAGGCCCUGACUCCUUCGGGCCAGAGGUCGCCGAGGCCCGCGGCGUCUGCCGGGGGGAAGGCCCCCUCGGCGGCGUGGACGCCGACGUCGUUCAUAUCCCCGAGGUUCCUGAGCCCCAUCGGGACGCCGAUGAAGAGGGUGCUGGUGAACAUGAAGAGCUACCUGGAGGAGGUGGGCCACCUGACGAAGCUCAACCCGCAGGACGCCUGGCUCCCCAUCACCGAGUCCCGCAACGGCAACGCCCAUUACGCCGCCUUCCACAACCUCAACGCCGGCGUCGGCUUCCAGGCCCUGCUCUUGCCCGUCGCCUUCGCUUUUCUGGGCUGGAGUUGGGGAAUACUGUCGUUGACAAUUGCGUAUUGUUGGCAACUUUACACCCUGUGGAUCCUAGUUCAGCUCCAUGAAGCAGUCCCAGGCAAGAGAUACAACAGAUAUGUUGAGCUCGCGCAAGCAGCAUUUGGGGAAAAGUUAGGACUAUGGCUUGCUGUCUUCCCAACAGUUUAUUUAUCAGCGGGAACUGCCACGGCUUUGAUUCUCAUCGGAGGGGAGACGAUGAAACUAUUCUUUCAAAUAGUUUGUGGUCCCCUAUGUUCUUCGAAUCCCCUGACAACCGUAGAGUGGUAUCUUGUCUUCACGUCUCUAUGUAUUGUGCUCUCUCAACUGCCAAACCUUAAUUCAAUUGCUGGACUCUCACUCGUGGGGGCCGUAACAGCAAUCACUUACUGCACCAUGGUGUGGGUGCUCUCAGUGAGCCAAGAAAGACCUCCCACCAUUUCGUACGAGCCUCUUUCACUCUCUUCCUUUAAGGCUUCUGUAUUUUCGGUCAUGAAUGCGCUUGGGAUUGUUGCCUUUGCAUUCCGAGGUCACAAUUUGGUUCUGGAGAUACAGGCAACAAUGCCUUCGACUUUCAAGCAUCCGGCUCAUGUACCAAUGUGGAAAGGAGCCAAAGUUGCUUAUAUCUUCAUUGCCAUGUGUUUGUUCCCUGUUGCGAUUGGAGGCUUUUGGGCAUAUGGAAAUCAAAUGCCUCAAGGAGGAAUCCUAAAUGCCUUGUAUGGAUUCCACAGCCACGAUAUUCCGAGAGGACUUCUUGCGAUGACUUUCCUUCUAGUUGUCUUCAACUGCCUCAGCAGUUUCCAGAUUUACUCCAUGCCCGUAUUCGACAGUUUUGAGGCCAGCUACACAAGCCGUACGAACCGUCCAUGCUCAAUCUGGGUCCGUUGUGGUUUCCGAGUUUUCUAUGGGUUUGUAAACUUCUUUAUAGGCGUAGCCCUUCCAUUCCUUUCAAGCCUUGCGGGAUUGCUUGGUGGGCUCACUCUUCCGGUUACAUUUGCUUACCCGUGCUUCAUGUGGGUCCUGAUAAAAAAACCAACCAAAUACAGCUUCAAUUGGUAUUUCAACUGGAUUCUUGGUUGGUUGGGAAUUGCUUUCAGCUUGGCUUUCUCGAUUGGUGGCAUCUGGAGCAUGGUGAAUAGUGGGCUGAAGCUGAAGUUCUUCAAGCCCAAUUGAGACCAAGAUUGAGUUUUUAACUGAUGCUGCCUCUUAAACUACUGCGAGACAAUCUGUAUGAAUCCAUAUGCCACGGCAGGUUUUGGUGUUUUGUGGGAGAUGUACUGCAUGUGUGUGUAUCUGUCUUAUCGAGUACGGUGAUGCAAAUACCAUGAUUGCUCUGGUUUCAGCCGCAUUGGACCUUUUUCCUCUAUGUUCAAAUUACAAGUGUAUGAAUAGGAUGUUAUCUUUGUUUUUGUGAACUAUGCAAGUUUUAUAG